AUCGACACAGAGAGAUCGACCAGUCCCAGAAGAAAGAGAGGAAGAAACCAAGGGCGGAGCAGCAGGCUGGGAGAGGGAGGGACGCGAGGUCAAUAGAACAAUGGGGCGAGGUCUUCUGGAGGUUCUUCUUGUUGACGUCAAGGCACUCGCCGGCAACGAUUUCCUGGGGAAGCUAGACCCGUAUGUGGUCGUGCAGUACCGGAGCCAGGAGCGCAAGAGCAGCACUGCCCGAGACGAGGGGAGGGACGCGAGCUGGAACGAGAAGUUUAAGUUCCAAAUCAACUCCACCUCGGCCAACGCGCAGCACAAGCUCAUCUUCCGGAUCAUGGACCACGACAACAUGUCCAGCGACGACUUCCUCGGCCAAGCAACGAUCAACGUAGCUGAUCUAAUCAGCAUAGGCAUGGAGAAAGGCAGGUCGGAGAUGAUCCCGGCCAAGUACAGCGUGGUCACGGCCGACAACUCGUACCACGGCGAGAUCAAAGUUGCCGUCACCUUCACCGCCAAAAAGGCCGAAGAAGACGGCGAGCAGGUUGGAGGCUGGAUGGACAGCUUGGAGGAUUAGAAGGUGCGAACUAGGACACAAAGCUGGAAGCUAGAGCUCGUUUGCUCGACUGGCUUUAGUAACGAACCAAUAAGAG